AAUAUUUAAAUCACUCACAGUUGAAACGACCAAGUGAACGGAUGUUGUAAACGGAAAACAAUUUCCAAAGUCUUUUCUCACUUAGAACAACAGUUUUAAACAUAAAAAUUUGUGGAAAUUUUUAAAAUAAAAUUAAUAAAAUUUUAAAAUAUUUAAUUAAAAUAAAUUUCUUAAAAAAAAGAAAUUAUUAAGAAAAGAAAAAACUACAAACAAUUAAUUUCUCUUAAAAAUUUAUGGAAAAUUUUCAUUUUACAUACAAUUUGAAUAUAUGUAGAUAGUAUACCAGAAAACGUGACUUGUUGAAUAAUAACAAAUGCACAACAACAAAAGAUUUUACAAAAAUAGAAAUCACGUUGCAAAUUUAUGUAAUUGUUCAAAUAUUUAAAUGUCAAAACUAAAUUCUAGUUUUAAACAAUAAAAACCAAUAAUCAAUUAAAGAAAAUUUUGGGAAAAAAAUUUAAAAUAUAAAGCAAAACCUGAAAAACAAACAAGUGAAAAAAUGUCAAACAAAAGAAAAUUGCAUAAAAUGUUUUAAAGAAAUAGAAAAAUAAAAACAAUUAAAAGCUUGUGUUACUAAAUUACCAACAAAAAGCUUUAGUUAAACUUGAAAUUUUUAAAUAAAUUAAUAGUUGCAUAAACAACAACAACAAUAAAAACUAAAUAUAAACAUUAUCUCUACAUAUUAUAAUUAACUAAACAAAAGGUGACAGUUGACUGUGCUUAAAGCUUAAAAAUAUUAAAAGCCAAUUGUUAAUUUGCAAUAACUGUAUUUUACUACUAACUAAAUACCUUUGAAUUUAGUUCCGGAAAUUAAAGUUUUUCUUUUUCCACUACACACAAAUAAAUUUUGGAUUAUUUAUUUAACAACAACAAAAGAAACAUUUGCAUCAAUUUUCGUUUCAUACAAUUUAUCCAAAUGAAUUCCACCGAUGAGGAUCAUAAACUACAAACGUAAUUUCAUAAUAAUAAUUUUGUAAUGGACUGGUUAUUAGCAACACCGCAACUUCAUAGUGCUUUCUCAUCAUUGGGCUCCCUUGAGGGAGAUACUUACGUUGUUAGCGCUAACGCAUUAGCCACACUGGAGGAAAUAAAUUAUAAACUAUCUUACGAAGAUCAAACCUUACGUACCUUUCGGAGAGCUAUCGGUUUCGGGCAAAAUGUACGAUCCGAUUUAAUACCUUUACUAGAGAAUACGAAAGAUGAGGAUAUUUUAGACUCGGUUAUACGUAUAUUGGUGAAUUUAACAGUACCGGUUGAGUGUCUGUUCUCAGUCGAUGUCAUGUAUCGCACCGAGGUGGGCAGACAUACGAUAUUUGAAUUGAAUAAAUUAUUGCACACAAGCAAGGAAGCCUUCACCGAUCCGAAAAGUACGAAAUCUGUGGUGGAAUACAUGAAGCAUAUUUUGGAAUCCGAUUCAAAGUUGACGCCGAAAAAAUGCGAUCAAAUCAACAAUUGCCUAUUAUUGCUGAGGAAUAUUCUGCAUAUUCCCGAAUCGAAUGCAAACUAUUUAAUGCCUUCGACUUCGCACAAUCAGCCGGGCAGCACACAUCCCGUCUCUAUGCAAAAUACCAUACUAUGGAAUCUGUUUAUACAGAGCAUAGACAAAUUACUAUUGUAUCUUAUGACCUGUCCGCAGCGUGCUUUUUGGGGUGUAACCAUGGUGCAGUUGAUUGCCUUGAUUUAUAAAGAUCAACAUGUUAGCACUUUGCAGAAAUUAUUGAAUUUGUGGUUUGAGGCUUCACUGUCGGAAAGUUCGGAAGAUAAUGAAAGUAAUACUUCGCCGCCAAAACAGGGCAGUUGUGAUUCUAGCCCCAUGUUGACAUCAGAUCCCACAUCUGAUUCUUCGGAUAAUGGUAGCACCGGUAGUAAAAAUGGUAAUUCUGAAGAUCGUCGUCAAGCAUUGCGUGAAGAAACCGAGGCCACUUUACAAGAGGUGAGUCGUAAGGGUCAAGAAUACCAAGACUCUAUGUUAAGAGUACCCGCUGACAAAGUUGAUAGUUCCGAAGGAGCUAGUGAUGUGGGCGCCACCGAUUGUGAGGAAGGUUUCAUUUUGAAACAAAAUCAACAGGGCAAUGAUGUAAUGGAAUCAUUGGAGGAUGAGGAAACUGGACAAACAGAUGAAACAGUUUUAGAUUCUACCAACAAUAAUUUCGCGACAGAAUUAGCGGAGGAAAAAUCCACAAACACAAAUAAAAAACAACAACAAGAACAACCAGCUGAACAAGAUUCUAACACUUCCAAUUUGGCCGAUGCUGCCAAUUUUAUGCCACCACCGGCAUUACCUCUUAAGAGCUCCACAUCAGCGUGCAAAACACGCGUUAUAGAUACCGAAUUAAUGACGGCUACACCAAAAGUUUGUCAAAAAUCCCCACACUCGGGUCAUGUCAAACUAACAAUGGGUAAUUGUGGACCUCAAAAAAGAGAGUGUCCAUCUUCACAAUCCGAACUUUCAGAUUGUGGUUAUGGCACUCAAGUUGAAAACCAAGAAUCGAUUUCAACUUCCAGCAAUGAUGACGAUGGUCCACAGGGUAAACCUCAACAUCAGAAACCACCCUGCAGUUCGAAGGCCAGAAACAAGCACAGAAUUGUCUUGACCGCCAUUGAUAAGAAAGAGCUGAGACGUAAGAAAUUGGUGAAAAGAAGCAAAAGUAGUUUAAUUAAUAUGAAAGGUUUAGUGCAGCAUACACCCACAGAUGAAGACAUAUCCAAUCUUCUUAAGGAAUUUACCGUUGACUUUCUGCUUAAAGGCUAUGGUUACCUAGUAGAGGAAUUACACUCUCAAUUAUUAACAAAUUUAAAAAUACCCAUUGAUACAUCACAUUUCUUUUGGUUGGUUACAUAUUUCUUGAAAUUUGCCGCCCAACUGGAAUUGGAUAUGGAGCAUAUUAAUACCAUUCUUACCUUUGAUGUCAUCAGUUAUUUAACCUAUGAAGGCGUCAUGUUGUGCGAACAAUUGGAAUUGAAUUCACGUCAGGAGGGCAGUGAUUUAAAACCAUAUUUACGUCGCAUGCAUUUACUCGUCACAGCAAUACGCGAAUUUUUGCAAGCAAUAGAAACAUAUAAGAAAGUAACACAUCUAAGCGAUGAAGAUCGUGAACGCUUACGUUUAUUGCAAUUGCAAAUAAGCAGUACCGAAGAUUUGCGCAAUUUAUUCGUGCUGCUAUUGCGUCGCUUCAAUCCCAGUUUACAUACGAAACAAUAUUUACAGGAUUUAGUUGUUACAAAUCAUAUAUUGCUAUUGAUUUUGGAUAGUGUUACUAAAUCGAAUAGUAAUAUACAUAUAAAGAUGAUUGAUCACAUAUCACAAUUUGCUACUUUGGAAAUAAUGCAUUACUACGGAAUGCUUUUAGAUGAUUUCAAUAAUAAUGGUGAAUUUGUCAAUGAUUGUAUAUUUACCAUGAUGCAUCAUAUCGGUGGUGAUUUGGGACAAAUUGGAACGCUCUUUCAACCGGUCAUAUUAAAAACCUAUUCACGUAUAUGGGAAGCUGACUAUGAACUAUGUGAUGAUUGGUCCGAUUUAAUUGAAUAUGUUAUACACAAAUUCAUGAAUACACCACAAAAGAGUCCUUUAACUUUACCCUCAACAUCGCUGACAGAAUUAACGAAAGAGCAUAAUAUGGAGACUACUGUGUGCACUUGGACUCAAGAGGAAAUGGACACUUUGUAUUGGUACUACGUGCAGAGUAAGAAGAACAAUGAUAUUGUGGGAAAAAUUGUCAAAUUGUUCUCCAACAAUGGCAACAAACAAAAGUCAAGAAUAUCGAUUAUACAGCAACUAUUGCAACAGGACAUUAUUACUUUAGUCGAGUAUGAUGACUUAAUGAAAUUUGAAGAUGCUGAGUAUCAGCGCACUCUACUAACCACACCCACUUCUGGUACCACAGAAUCGGGCAUUGAUAUAAAUGAAACACCCGUCAAGGGUAACAAACCUUCAGAUGAUAUACAGAUUCUUCGUGAUCUUAUUAUCAAGGAAAAGAAACAGCAACAUAUUGUUUGGCUGCAAAAACUUUUACUCGAAUGCUGUUAUAUUAAGAUGAUUUUAAAGAAUAAUCCCUUGCGUGAAGAUCAUCAACAUUUGAGUUUUGUUAUGGAACCAGUGGCAUAUCAUUGCAUAUUGAAAAACAAAUCCAUACCCGUGGUCCAGUGGAAUAAUGAGCAGGCAACAACAAUGCUUUAUCAGCCAUUCGUUUUACUCUUGCAUAAAUUGGGCUUUCAGUUACCAGCCGAUGCGGGAUCAGUAUUUGCACGUAUACCCGAUUUUUGGACACCCGAAAUGAUGUUCAAUUUAGCUAAGAAAUUGGGUCCUUUGGAAAAAUUGUUCAUCAAAUUCGAUAUUCAUCAAUUUGAUAUUGUCGACGAGACGGAAGUGCUACAAUCGUCUAAAACACAUUAUGAUGUCACCUCUACAGCUCGCAAUUCCUUGAGUUCAAUGUCUAGUUUAGAUGUGGAUCUAAACGAAAGCGAUGAAUUGGCACCGAUACCGGAAGUUGACGAUAUCUUAGAGAAAACAUCACAGGCUAGUGAGAUAUUCGCCAUGCCCAAUGCUAAACAAUGUAAUUCCAUAAUAAGAUAUACACCUGAACCGACCACAAUACCGACCAUUCCCAAUUGGCUGCAACUGGUAAUGCGCAGCAAAUGUAACAGUUCCAAUGCUACUACAACAACAAAUGCCGCUGCUGCAGCAGCCAGUUUAGCUAAUUUAGCAACAAAUGCCUGCAAUGAAUCAGACAUCUGGAUGUCCAAUGGCAAAAGUUCGACACUACCAGUCAAUAGUGGUGCUACAACAGCAGCAGCAACAGCCGCCACUAUCACCACCAGCACUAAAGCAACUUGCAGUAAUUUGGUUGAGCCUAAAGUGACGACAAACACAACACCAACACCAACACUUGGCACAAUGGCAGCAGCAACAAGUGCGAUCUUACAUCCAACAACAGCACCCGCAACACUGUUACAAUGUCCAUCAAUCAACCAAAUAAUUGGUCUACAACAUGAAAUGACUAACAUUGAAGGAGUAAAAUUGCAGACAACAAAACAGAAAUUAACAAUUUCAGCAUCAUUAAAUACCCUGACGACAACAGCUCUAACAGUGGCAACAAAAACAAUAACCACUACCGCUCUGGCCAUACCACUAUCGACAACAUUAUUAGCACCUUCAACAGCUGAUAUUGCUACUGCAGCAGCAGCAGUAGUAACACCAUCAUCGUUAGUAACUAUAGCAACAAUGCCAACAAUCAAUAAUGCUGUAACAUCAGAGACACCAUCAGCAUUGGCUGUCAGUUUUAAAGAUUAUCAGCAGCAACAACAUCAACAGCAGCUGCAACAACAGCACCAACAGCUAUAUAACAACAAUAUUAUUAAUCAGCAAUCGUUACAGAAAUUACAACUGUUACAACAACAACAGGAACAACAGCAAGCAACACAGAUUACCUAUAUCAAUCACAGCGAUGAUGAUGACUCUGCCAUGAAAUCAUUGGAACGUAAUGACUCUUCAGCUUCGUCUGGUUUCUAUACACGCAGUGGCAGCGGUAAUUUGGAACAAGAAUUAUGUGCCAUGGUUGCAUCAGCGUAUGAACAAGAAAUUGCCAACAGUGAUAGUGCCUCCGUUGCAUCCGAUCUAACACGAAUGUACGUCAGCGACGAGGAGCAUGAAUAUCGAGUGGCACACUACCACUAAAUGCAGACAAACUUUAAAUUUUAUACAAUUUGAUUUGAACUAAAGCCGGGAGACAUAUUGGAAACGAUUGGCCUUCAAAAUGAAAAAGAAAAGAAUAGAUAGAUUUUGAAAUUAAUUUAUUUAGAAAAGAUUGAAAAGGAAGAAGAGCGUAAUGAAAUAAAAAUAUAUUUAUUUUUAUACAUACAUAUGAAAAUAUAUAGAAUUGGCAAGAAGUAUAAGUAAAAUAGAAUUUAUUUAUAAAAAUAAUACAAAUAAAUUUUACACAACAACACAUAUAAGUAUAUUUACAAUAAAACCCUUUCUUGUAUAAUCCCUACCACGACUUGGAACGAAAAUGUAUUAAAGCGAUUGUGAUUGACAAAGUUUAGAUUUAAACAUAACUCUUGGUUUAAGAUUUGUCCGCUGAAUUUAAAAUAUCCUAACAUGACGACUAACUAAACGAUUUUCAAAAGAAUUUCAGACUUUUCAAAAUGUAUCUCAAGAUUGUAAAAUGUUUUUACACAGUUUCCGAAAGGUGAAAUGUCAUAUUGUCCUUGGACAUUAUUACACACCAAAAAGUGUCACAGUACUAAGAACUAAGGUUUUGCGAAAUUACACUUUUUCUUGAUAAGUAAUUAUUUGUCAGUAUUUGACAAUGUCCUUGACUAUGAUCAAGGACAUUGUGACACUUUUUGGUGUGUCACAACGUUUAAGGACAAUAUGA